CUGAACGGCAAACUGUCAAAAUAAAAGUGUCACUUGUUCCAGCAGAAUACGAUACAAAAAUUUUAUAUCUACAUAAAUAAAAAGUUAUAUUUUUAAUAAAAAAUGAUACACAGUUUGUUCAUAGUCAACAACAGUGGGGACGUGUUUUUGGAAAAACAUUGGCGAAGUGUUGUUUCCCGUUCCGUAUGCGACUACUUUCUCGAUGCACAACGUAAAGCUCCAUUUGAUGUUCCUCCAGUUAUCCAAACUCCCCAUUACUACCUCGUCACUGUCCAAAGAAAUGGUAUAUCUCUUGUGGCUGCUUGUAAAAAUGAAUUCCCUCCUCUGUUUGUAAUUGAAUUCCUUCAUCGUGUUAUCGACACUUUCGAGGAUUAUUUCUCGGAUUGUUCAGAAUCCGUGAUCAAAGAGAAUUAUGUUGUUGUCUAUGAACUGUUGGACGAGAUGUUGGACAAUGGAUUCCCAUUGGCAACGGAAAGUAAUAUUCUCAAAGAGCUGAUCAAGCCCCCGAAUAUUUUGCGAACAAUCGCCAACACCGUGACUGGAAAGUCCAAUGUAAGUGGUACUUUGCCAUCUGGGCAAUUGUCUGCUAUUCCAUGGCGUCGCAGUGGAGUGCGAUACACCAAUAACGAAUCUUACUUCGAUGUUAUCGAGGAAGUUGAUGCUAUAAUUGACAAAUCUGGAGCAACUGUGUUUGCCGAGAUUCAAGGAUAUAUUGACUGUUGUAUCAAACUCUCUGGAAUGCCAGAUCUAACACUCUCCUUCAUGAAUCCCCGACUAUUCGACGAUGUAUCAUUCCACCCGUGCGUGCGCUUUAAGCGUUGGGAAUCUGAACGCAUUCUAUCAUUCAUUCCGCCCGAUGGAAAUUUCCGUCUAAUGUCGUAUCACAUUAGUUCACAGAGUGUCGUCGCUAUUCCAAUUUACAUACGACACAAUUUCUCGAUUAAGACUGGUGAACAGGGACGCUUAGAUUUGACAGUUGGGCCGCGAACUACUCUAGGUCGUACUGUUGAUAAAGUCAAAUUAGAAAUUUCAAUGCCCAAGUGCGUUCUCAAUUGUAUUCUCACACCUAAUCAGGGAAAGUAUUCCUUUGAUUCAGUUACAAAAGUUCUGCACUGGGAAGUAGGAAGAAUUGAUGUAACCAAGUUGCCCAAUAUUCGUGGAACGGUAUCGAUAGCAGCAGGAAGCAACAACUUAGACGCAAAUCCAACUAUUAACGUGCAAUUUUCAAUAUCACAAUUGGCUGUUUCGGGACUUAAAGUAAAUCGUCUUGAUAUGUACAACGAGAAGUAUAAACCAUUCAAAGGUGUUAAAUAUAUUACUAAAGCUGGCAAAUUCCAAAUUCGUAUGUAAGAUUUUAGGUUUAUUACGAGUAUGAUUGACAUUGUCUUAAUUAUUGUUAAAAAGUCUUCAAACAAAAUAAAAACAAAGUUCUUAUGUGAA